AUGGACCUUAGCUUCUUCCCAGGCUCCAAGCUCACAAUAAAUAGGAACUUGAAUGUUGGGAAACAGCAGCAAGUCCAAGUUUUGCAGAUGUUUGAGGACAACCCCAAUGAGCAUACUGUGCCCAAUGCACAGCUCAAUAGAGGGGUCCCACCCCUCUCUCAGCAGAACUGCUCUACUUCCUCCAUAUCAUCUGACUGCGAGGCCACGCCUGCUCACAUGACCCCAGCACAGGCUCUGAAGCAUUACAAGCCUAAGCUAACAGAGUUUGAGCACCAAGAAAUCUUCAGUUAUACCAAGAUCUUCUUUGUAGGUCAAAAUGCCAAAAAACGGGCAGGUAUUGCUGGGGCUUCAAACAACUGCGGCUAUGAUGAUGACCAGGGCUCUUACAUCAUUGUGCCCCAUGAUCAUGUUGCUUAUCGCUAUGAGGUGUUCAAGGUCAUUGGCAAGGGCACCUUCAGUCAGGUUAUACAGGUCUAUGACCACAAGAAACACCAGCAGGUGGCACUCAAGAUGGUGCGGAACAAGAAGGACUUUCAUCGACAGGUGGCUGAGGAGAUACGGAUCCUACAGCACCUUCGCAAGCAGGACAAGGACAACAAAAUGAAUGUCAUACACAUGUUGGAACAUUUCACAUUCCGCAACCACAUGUGCAUAACCUUUGAGUUGCUAAGUAUGAGUCUCUACGAGUUCAUCAAGAGUAAUAAAUUUCAAGGGUCCAGCCUACUACAAGUGCGCAAGUUUGCACAUUCAAUUUUGCAGUGUCUCGUGUCAUUACACAAGAACCAGAUCAUCCAUUGUGACCUCAAACCUGAAAACAUUAUGAUCAAACAGCAAGGUCGCGCUGGAAUUAAAGUGAUCGAUUUUGGUACUAGUUGCUAUGAGCACCAGCAGAUUUACACUUACAUUCAGUCCCGCUACUACCGUGCUCCAGAAGUCAUCCUGGGAUCACGCUAUAGUAUGUCCAUUGAUAUGUGGAGUUUUGGGUGCAUUUUAGUGGAAUUACUCACUGGAUACCCUCUGUUUCCUGGAGAAGACGAAGGGGACCAACUGGCAUGUAUUAUAGAGCUGCUAGGUAUGCCGCCUGAAAGGCUUCUGGAUGUUUCCAAAAGAGCCAAAAAUUUUAUAAGCCCCACAGGUUAUCCCCGGUACUGUAAAGUUAGCACCCUGCCAGAUGGCUCACUGGUACUUAAAGGGGGACGCUCUUGCAGGGGAACCAUCAGAGGGCCUCCAGGAACCAAGGAGUGGACAACAGCCCUCAAGGGCUGUGAUGACGCCUUGUUUCUAGAGUUUUUGAAGCAGUGUCUUGAGUGGGACCCGUCACUACGCAUGACCCCCUUCCAGGCCCUGCGCCACCCCUGGCUCAAGAAAUGCUUGAUAAAGCCUCAAAUUGGGAAUAAUGACCUCAAGACAGAGGUGCCAGAGAGCUCAAAUAAUGUAACUUCAGUUGACAAGUUACCCCCACUAUCUACCUCAACCUCAAAAGGGAGCACUAUACAGGCAGAGGUGAGUGGUGCAAAUGGUAUAAUCCAACAUAGAUUCUCAUGCAAUCAUCCCCUCAAGGAGACAUUUAAGCUGGCCAGGAUAAGCAAAUCUCCUGUGACUCUUGCAUAUGGAGAAAGCCUUUGA